CUCCGGUACGUACCUGUCAGAAAAUGCAUGUCAGACGCUGUUUUGUGUUCACCCUAAGUGAAACCGGGAAAAUGCCGCCACUAUACCAUACCACUAUAUUGUAUGGUACAUUUACAUGCCGUUUCUCGGCGAUGUUCACCCUCGUGCCGAGCUCCCCGAAAGUACCGUUACUUUGGUUCGUCACGGUCAAUGCUAACUCACGAGUAUUAGUUCACGAUGCCAAUGGUGCCGCAUGGCUGCUCCGAGUCCAUGGCUGGCCAUUGCUGAACAUUUUUUGCGUCCAAUUGGUGCCAAUUGGUCCUGAGCUGCUGAUUGAUCGGAGCAGAAAGCGUCUUCUGUUUGCUGCACAUGGGUUGGGCGUGGACUAGCGGCACGACUCGUGAAGAGGCCAAGGCGGCCAUCGACUCUGACGACACAAGUGAAGUGGGAAAGCACGGUUUGGAAGAAGCAGGUGUUGCAGGCAAUCCGGUGAGCCACGCUGAGCCGGGGCAUCUGCCUCACGAAGAGCUGAAGAAGCAGGAGGCCUUGGCGGCCUGCGUGGAGGAGCAUGAGGCUCUCCUGAAGUGUUUCAAAAGUGGGGGUUUCUUCACCAAUUGCACACCAUUCCAAAAGGCGUUCUGGGACUGCUACGUCUCCAAUCGGGGCGUGCGGUCCAACAAGGUGCAGCGCUGGGUGCAGAAGGCCAAGGACAAGGUCAUUGGGCCUCCGGAGUGAAGCCGGCUUUUCUUAGCCUGCUGUAGGCCCGUCCCCCAGCACUGUGCAUCCGGUGUACUCUUAGAGGGCAUCCUCUGCGACGGUCACAAGCGCGGCAAGGCUGUGUGGCUCAGCUGCCGCUCCGGCAGCUCGUCAAGGCAGCGCACCCCUCCUUGUGGCCCCAAGGAAUGCAGCCCGGCAGUGGCUCCUUCCAGCCCCCCACGGCUGCUCCCUGGGCUGGCGGGGCUGCUCCUGGCCCUGGCGCUGCCGUGCAUGGCCCCAUCUCGGGGCCGCUGGGCCCCCCGCCGGCGCCCCUGGCAGGGCCGCUGCCCGUGGUGGCCCUGCCCCACGACUUUGUGCUCCCCCAGAAGCGCAUCACCAGCCGCGAGGGCCUUGAGACGUUUGCGCGCUCGCACUCGGGCCAGCUGUUCCUCGCUUUCAUCGCCAGCCUGAGCCGCGCAGUGGAGGACCGCAAGCUGAGCGACGAGUGCCCUCUGUCCCCCACGUGCGCUGCCAUUGUGGGGGUGCUCGAAAGACUGGCCGCAUGGGUGGAGGACAUCCCCCCGGCGCAGCAGCAGGCGCGCUACGGCAACCCGGCGUACCGCUUCUGGCAGGAGCAGCUGCAGGCCCACGUGGGGGAGCUGCAUGCCGCGGUGCUGCCCGCACACCUGGCCGGAGCGGCGGGCGAGCUGGGGCCCUACUUGCUGGACAGCUUCGGAAACAGCUCCAGGAUCGACUACGGCACAGGGCACGAGGCCAACUUUGCGGCGUGGCUCUUCUGCCUGGCGCGGCUGGGCGUGCUCACAGAGGCGGACUACCCGGCCAUCGUGCUUCGCGUCUUCAACAGCUACUUGUCGCUGAUGCGCACUCUGCAGCUGCGCUACUGGCUGGAGCCGGCGGGGUCGCAUGGCGUGUGGGGCCUGGACGACUACCAGUUUUUGCCGUUUGUGUUUGGCGCAGCGCAGCUGACGGGCCACAAGUACCUGCGGCCCAAGAGCAUCCACACGCCCGACGUGCUCGCGCAGUUCCAACACGACUACCUCUACUUCCAGGCAGUCCAGUUCGUGAAGACGGUGAAGAAGGGCCCGCUGGGGGAGCACUCGCCGAUGCUGAACGACAUCAGCGGCGUGCCCACGUGGGCCAAGAUUGCGAGCGGGCUGCUCAAGAUGUACCGCGCGGAGGUGCUCGAGAAGCUGCCCAUCAUGCAGCACUUCCUCUUCGGCUCCAUCAUCCGCUGGGCAGACUGACGCCGCGGCCGUGCUGCACCCGGCCUCCUCCACACCGUGAUGAGCCUUCGGCGGACCGCUUCCGGAAUCCAGUGGCUCUGCCCCGUUCAAACCAACGACCGUCGACAAGGGAUGUCCACGUGGCGAGCAUACGCACUGCGAUAAAAUUUUCCCUUGUUCGAGCCUCGCUGAUCCGAGGAAGAGGACGCUUGUGGCAGUAAGGUUAAAGCAUUGGACUCUGAAAAACAUGUGCCGCAGGCAUAUUGUAGCCACCAUCUGUCGAAACCGUCUGACAAUGACUCCCUGGCGGCUCGACCAGCCUGACACCCGGACAAAUAUAACGAAUGAGGUUGCCCGCACCAAUUGAUCGUCAUUGGCAUGCGGCAGGUGCCCUUCAGUCAAUCAGCCCUUCAGUCAAUCAGUA